AAUAAUAGAUUUUUAUUUUAAUUUCACAUAGACCGAUAAAGACAGAUAUGAAUUACUUGAUACAGCGCGGAAAACUCCGCCAGCAAGCGAUUAAUUUGCCGGAAGGACUUCCCGAAAUACUUUCGGACAUCACACGCGAGGUCCUGCGCUGCCAGCCAACAAAGGAAUGCCUCUGCCAGUUCAUCAUCGACUAUCUGCACUCUGUGAUUGUGACACGAGAGAAGGCCAUGGUGGCUAGAAGCAUCCUGGACCGUGCUCUGCGCCAGGUUGACAACAUCAUCUCGGACCUGUGCGUUUGCGAUCUGACUAAGGAAAAGUCUGAUAUGAUGGGACAGGUGAUGGAGGAUUGCUUCCGCAACUUCCUUGAGCGGCGUCGCUGCGAGAUGCGCCGCGGCAAGCAGACGAUCAGCUUCGAGGACAUCGACAUACUCGAGGAGCUGCUAGUGAAGUGCAAGUUCUCCGAGGAGGAGCUGGCCUUAUCCCGUCCGGCCGUCGAGAGUGCCUACAAGCGUUUCGUGGACGCCUACAUGGCGGCUGCCCGUGGCGCCGACGGCACAGAAGUGCUCUACCAGUACUUCCGAGAUCGGGAGCUCAAGCGCAUGCGCGAGGCCAUGCGGGAGCACUCGGCCACCAUUAUCCAGGCCGCCUGGCGCGGCUAUCUAGUGCGCGCCAACCUGCCACAGCACAUAUGCACCUGUACCUGCAUGGAGGUUGAUGAAGCUGCUAAUGAAGAGGAAAUGCGCAUGGAUCACGCUGCUCGCGUCAUUCAGCGUUUCUUCCGCAACUGCUUAACGCACAUGGAUCUGAAGCCCAUUGUAGAUCCCUGUGGGGAUGUGACGGAAUCGUCCGAAAAGGACAGCAGCACCCCGAAGGAAGCGACGGCGAAGGCUGAGCCAGAGGAGGAUAAAACUCCUCCGACUCCUCCUCCAACUGCUGCCGAUACUGUCGUAGUCACUGCCCAACCUUCGGAGGUUGCCUCCGAGGUUCCCUCGCAGCAGGCACCAGGACAGGAAGCCGUCGCUGCAGAGUCUGAAGGAAAUGCUGCUCCAGAACCAGUGGCUGAAGAAGCGGCUCCAGUGGAGCCGACAGAAGCUGUAGAAGAGGCCCCGGCAGGAGAAGAAGCCCCUCCCACCGCAGAAGAGGCACCGCCAGAGGCAGCAGAAGAACCACCAGCAGAAGAGUCACCAGCAGCUCCUGAAGAGACACCACCACCACCGCCACCAGAAGAGGAAGCCCCAGCCGCAGUUGCAGAGGAAGAAGCUCCACCUGAGGAAGCCCCGGCCGAGGCACCAGUCGAGGCACCAGCCGAGGCACCAGCCGAGCCACCAGCCGAGGAAUAGAAUUGAAACGAAUUAGUUCUGAUUUAUAAAUUUAUGUUAUCUGCAUGUUGUUAA